AUGGGUAAAUCUACUCAAGAAGAACGUCGUCAACGAAAAAAUACUCAAGACACUAACAAUAAAGAAGAAAUUCUUGAUGACAUUCCUGAAGACGAAAAAAUAAGAUUAAUAAAGUCCACGGGAAUACUUGAAAAUUUUAAAGAAUCUGGUGUACGUAUAGUGCAAACUGAAGUAGGAAAAGAACCAAAAAUACGAGAAAUAAAAGAAGGGGAAGAAGAAGAAAGAGAAGGAGAAAAAAGGGAAAGUGAAGAAAUAGAAGAAGAAGAAGGAGAAGAUCCUUACGCACAUGGAAUUGUUUUUCAAGCGUUUUUAUAUACCAUACCUCUUUGUGCUGUUUAUUGUGUAAUGGAUAUAUUAGUUCAUAGGCAAUAUAGCGAAACUGUUCUGCUUUUUCCUGUUGCUACUAGAAUUUUUAGAGUUUCACCACUUUUGUGGGGUUUAGUAUAUUACACUAAUAAAAAUGUAUCCAAGAAUUGGAUGCAACUUUUAAUGUUUAUGGGUUCCCUGAUCUGUGGAAGUUAUUUAAUUUGGGUGGUUAAUAAUGCAAAUUAUAUUGGUGUUAUGAAGAGAUGUCCUCCUUUAGCUACUCUUUGGAUUUAUUUUGUUAUACAACUUAGAUUAUUACCUUCUUGUUUAAGUUUAUUGGGAUCUUAUAUUUAUUUUAAAUACAUGGGAUUUAAAUUAUAA